GGUGUAUCCAAUAAAUUAGGAGCUCCUGAGACCUUUCUGCGCACAGGUGAAGUGCUGGAUGCGCGUAAAGGGACCGCGCCUCCUCGGUAGACGCACCACUUGAUUAGGAUAAACCCGGAGCGACUUGAAAACCCUGUUUGGAAUCGGAUUGAUGCCUUCAUGUCGGCUGUCAAGGCUUUGAGGAACUGCAGCAAAGGUAAUUAACACGUGAAAGCAAUUUAGCAAAUAUAACACAUUUUUAAUAGUGAACAAAAUGCAAAAGCAACAUAUUUCAAACACACUUUCUAAUCUGAUCCUUCAGGUUUUUAAAAGUUGUUGGACUGCAGACGAACCGGGAUGGACAGCGGAAACGGCUCAGGAGCGGUGCUGGAUGACAGCCCUUCGUCCAGUCCGAGCUCCAGUCCCAGUCCGGACGGGCGCCGUCGGGAGCUCCAGCGGGUCAGGGUGCUGCAGGCCGCCGGGCUCGGUGGCAGGGGACGCCCGGCGGCGGCCAACGCAGCCCGGGAGAGGAGCCGAGUUCAAACCCUGAGGAACGCCUUCCUGGAGCUACAGAGGACUUUGCCGUCCGUGCCACCGGACACUAAGCUGUCCAAACUGGACGUGUUGAUACUGGCCACCACCUACAUCGCUCAUUUAACCCGAACACUGCAGGAGGAAGGCACCGAGGAGGGAGAGAGCACAAAACAAACAGAGGCGUUACACUCACUCAAAGGCGAAGGAUACCUGCACCCAGUCAAGAAAUGGCCAAUGCGAUCCAGACUGUACGUGGGAGCGAGCGGACAGUUCCUGAACGCAUCUAAUCCGUCUGAGUCAGAGAAUCAAGGCCCAUCAACGUCCACGUCCCACUAAAAUCUUUCUCCGUGUCCAAUUUGCAUGAGUCGGUCUGCAGACAGCAGCAUGCGCCUUAUGGUUGUAGAACAAUUAGAUUUUUCUUCCGUUAAACUCUAUACUACACAUGAAGACAUUGUAAAUUAAUAUAUUAUGUGAAUUUUAGUGUACAAAUUUUAAAUAAGCAUAAGUUUGUUUUUUUGUUUGUUUGUUUGUUUGUUUUUUGGUGCUGCAGUUCCAUACAUGUCUGACAUUUGUAGAAAUUCCGCGCGGUCAUGAAGCCGUCAUGCUUGAGGAGUGCACUUUCAGUUAAAACAUUUGCACUAAAACGCACGUGUGAAUAACUAAACAUCUGUCAUGUGAAGUGGUCUGUCAGAGAGGCAACAAUGGAGGCUGCCCAUCUCAUGUUCCUUCCUAUUUUGACAUGCAUGUUCCGAAAUGUGUUUGUGAAUAAAUGGCUUCAGUGAAACAAC